AUGCAUAAACCAUUCUCUUGUACGCUAUCACAUCAAGCAGAAGAAAUGGUCGGACAGUUUGAACGACAAGCGCAACUUCAACAACAAGAGGCAAUUGAUUUGUCAAUGCAUAAUACUCGAUCACAGUUGAUUCGAACAGAGACUGUUGCGUUGACUAAACCUUUAUCCAUGAUGAUGUAUAAACCAGUUAGUAUUGAUUUAUUGUCUUGUUAUUCAUCAACGGUAAAUAAAUGUACUACUGAUGCAAGUAUAUAUACUACUAACAAUACCUUAGCUAUUACUAGUACUACUACUACUACUACUCCUACUACUACAAAUGUUAACAUUUUGCCACAGAGAUAUUUGAAUACAAGUUUGUCAAUGAAAGAAAUUGGAUUGAAUUUAACGAGUUCAAUCAAUGAGAAAAUACAAAAUUGUAAGUUCAGUUUUAAUUCAGUAAUUAUUUUUACACGUUGA